AUCAAAAGAAACACUCAACAUUCUGCCACAAGAGAGGCUAUCACAUAUCCAAAAGCUGAGUUUGAGACAAAAUUAGGAAGAAGAAUGAGAAACAAAAGAUGAAAUACCUUGUUCCAGCUUUAAAUAUUUCUUCUACUCAAUAAGCAUGUUAGUCUAUGCACCAUUUUCAUUAGAUACUAAUGUUAGAUAAUCACCAAGGUGCUUAGUAAUAAAUUAUUAGUAUUAUUUCUAGAGAAAGCAGUCAUAUUUACAGUUAAGAAAAUAGACAUUAAAGACCACCCUGCUUUACAUCUAAAUCAACACAGGACAAUCUGCUGGAGCCUUUGGAUGAAAGUUCACAGUUUUGCAACUUCCCAAACAAUGAGCAUUCCCUGUUUAAAAGUGCUUCAGGAUCAUCUCAGCUCUGCCUGCUACCUAGCAUUUCUCUCUGAUACUUAACACUGUUUUGAACUUGCUCUUCAUGAGUAAAUCUUGAAGGGUAGAGGGAGGACCUUGCAUGAAUGGCUCUAAAAACCGUAUUUCAUUAAAUAGAGGAAAGCAAAAGACUCCCACAUAACUCACAAAAUAAGUAUUCUGUAAGAUGAAGAUCAUUGUCUUGUCACUUAUAUAUGGUAGCAAACAAGACUCUAGAAUCUAGACAUUCAUUUAGGAGUAUAAAAUUACAAUCCAACCUUAUUUUGCACUUUCUACAACAUUAGUAAUCCAAGCAAGAGUGCUGCACAGCAUUAGAAAAUAUGAAAUUUGUACUUGCUUCUCUCUAAUAAAGGAAUUCCACUAAAAUAAUGUUCUUCUGAAAUUUAGCAACAUGACAUGAGACAUGAGAACUUCAACUCAACUUUCUGGAUAAGAAGACAAAUAUUUGGCAUCCAUGAGCUCAGGGGCAGAAGGUUUUGGAACCAGACAUCACAGGCUUCCUCCUGAAAUCUCAAGUCAUUAUCAUGAACUCAAAUGGCUUUUAGGGAACUUAGGCCAAAGCUUGUACUUUGAAUUUAUGUCAAUUCCUGGCUGGGAAGGAACAGUGGUAAGAAUUCACUCCAUAGUUACCAGAACUUGUCAGCACUUUAAUUUGAUCAAAGACAUCACUUGUCCCUAUUCUCCAGAAUCCCAGUAUGAGAGCUUCAAUUCUUAAUUAUUUUACUCCCAGGAGAUUUUUCAGCAUCAAAAACAUUACAAAAAAAAAAGUUGUGUUGCAUCUACAGCCCAAAACCCUACAUUCCUUGUCACCACUAUCCUCAUGAGCUACCAUUCAUUAUCUAAUCUUUCAUCUUCCUUUUCAAGAAGAAUUUGUUUAUGAAGGAGACCAUAGAAAAGCAGCUCCUCAAAUGUCCAGUCUCUCCCAAUCUUCACCAUUCUUAACUAUUUGAGGUCCAAACCAUUCAAACCAUUCACUUCUUUAUUAUCAUCCUGGGGAUAAAAAUCUCUAUGUCCUACUAGUAAUCAGAACUUUGCUGGCUUGACCUGCAGAGCUGGUAAGAGCAUAAAGCUCUUCCCUGCCCUUCCUUGAUAAUGAAUUCCCACUUCUUAAAGAGAGAACUUCUACAGUGCUUUGUAUGAUUUAGUGCAGGGAUUCCCAAACUGCUGCUCAAAGCAUAGGCCAGAACCUGUGAUACUUUCAAUAUGUUUAUAAUACUCUGGCACUGCUUCUUUUCACCAACCAGCUAGAACAAGACUUAACCUCUCAGUAUUUAGCUAUGAAACCAAAGCUAAACCAGAGAAAAACUGAGAUGCAAUGCAAAAAAAGUAAUUAAAAGACUGGAAAAAAAUUACCUCCACUUUCUUCUCCACAUAACCUAUUUUGUUACAGUCUGAAAAUCCUACUGCGCUGCCUCUUAGUCUCAAAAAGCAUGCCUCAGCAGUGCUGUCAAUUCAUCUAGAGCUAAUUGAAGGAAAUAUUUCUGAGCAGUGUUUAUUGCCACAGCCUAUUCCUCUCUCACCUGAAGAUUAAAUAACUGCACUAUUUGCACUAUUUUUGCUCUGCACAGCCUACAAAGCACAGCUGAAGCAGAAUGAAAUGCUGGUAAGCUGCAUAGCUCAGUGGCACUUUGACACUAACAUCCCACAGCUCGCAGUAGCUGCUGAUUUUUAACCUCUAACACCUUGAAAGGCGUCAUAUUUGUCGUUCUGGUCUAUUAGCUUCCACUUUCUCUGCAGCAAUACUGACAAAAACAUGGCUGAGGUGCUUUACCUGGAAAAUCAGCUGUCUCUGCCUAUUCUCCCCAGGAACUGAAGUGGUUUUGCUCAGGUCCAUCUACUGCUGGACACCCCUGCCUGCUUCAGGCUUUAAGUCAAACUUCUAACCAGACUUCAAGUAUUUUCAAGAUACUGUAGUAAAAUGCAUUCUUCUGCAGUUUUUUUUUUUUUUCUUUUUUUUUUAAUCCCCAUGAACAGAUGCACCUAGCCUCAAUAAUUCCUUUUCCCUCCAUGCUUUGGUGCAGAACAAAGCAAAGCCUUGCAGUUACACUUGUGCUUCCAAAGCAGGCAGUGCUCCACUUGCAGCUUCUAAAGGGAGCUGCUCCAAGGCACUUCCUGCUCCUGGGCACUCCGAGGGAUCCGCCUCCCAGCAGGGCUGGCUUUCAAACAGGCACAACCAGAUUCCCCAGGCACAAAGUAAUCAAUUUGCCUGGCUCCUGCAGUUGCAGAAGGCAGUUUCUCUCUCACUCUACCACUCCUGAGGAUGAUCACACUUGGAGGACGAUAGAAGAAUUAGAAGCAGGAGGAAUGAAGGAAAUACUUCAUGGAAUGUCACUCAAGACACGUUGCCUAGGGAAUAUUCUGGAAAAAUGUUUUUGGGAUUAUACUGAAGCUUAACCUCAGGAGUUCCUGUGUAAAGGGUAAAAGCCACCAGCACAGGAUUCAGAGGUUUGUGAGGAUUCUUAAAGAACACUACUGACAGCAGAUCUCUGCUUAAACAGUGCAAUGAAACAAACCAAACAAAAAAGAUACUGGAAUUAAGUUCCUGUGUUGCAAGAGGAGAGUUAAAAAAAACCAAAAAAAACCCUGAAAGAAUCCUGCCCACAAAAACCAUGAGAGAUCGUCUGCAAGAGCUCAAACUGAGGGCUAAGGAACUACAGAUGGGUGGGGAAAACAAUGGGGCAACUGUACAAGAAGAGGAGCAGGAGGAGUUUGAACAGCAGGCCAUUAUUUAUGAAAAAGAGCCCAUAACUGAAAGGCACUUGCACGAAAUCCAGAAGCUUCAGAAUGAAAUUAAUAAUCUGGUGGAAGAAGUCAAUAAAUUCAGCCAACAACAAAAAAGCCUCGUGUCUUCAAUGAGAAGAUUCAGUGUUCUCAAAAAGGAAUCUAACAUAGCGAGGGAAAUCAAAAUGCAAGCAGAACUCGUACGCAAAGGUUUGGAUGAGCUGUCGAAAGCAGUGAGGAAAGCUGAGAAUGAGCACGGGCCAGCCCGAGCCACGGUGAGGAUCCUGGCUGCCCAGCACGCCUUCCUGUCCCACUGCUACCUGCAGGCCAUGCUCUCCUACAACGAAGCCAUCACCGCCAAGCAGGACAAGUGCAGGACCUUCAUCCUCCGCCAGCUUGAGGUGGCUGGGAAAGAGGUGUCUGAGGAAGAGGUCAAUGAUAUGCUCCAGCAAGGAAAAUGGGAGAUUUUCAAUGAAAAUCUGCUCACUGAAGUCAAGAUUACUAAAGCUCAGCUGUCAGAGAUUGAGCAGAGACACAAAGAACUGGUCAAUCUGGAGAACCAGAUCAAAGAUGUGAAAGAACUCUUUAUCCAGAUCUCACUUCUGGUGGAGGAACAAGGGCAGAUGAUCAACAACAUAGAAAUCUACAUGAACAAUGCUCAAGAAUAUACUCAAGCAUCUAAGGAAAAGUUUGGGCUUGCAGUCAGGUAUAAAAGAAGAAACCCCUGCAAAGCAAUUUGCUGCUGGUGUUGUCCGUGCUGCAGAUGACAGCAGAAAUGAACUGCUUGAAAUACCAAUGGUUCCUCCACACCAAACUGAUCUUGGAAAGCACUCUUGGGAUCCCUCAACUGCUUCACUUUUCUUCCCAUUUUCCCUUCAGCAGAGCUCUCAGGAAAAACUGCAUCUUUUUUUCAAGACAGAGUAAAGAAUUUUAUGGUUUUCACAGAAACACGUGAACUACAGGAAAGGAUCAAAGGAUAAAAGUGACAUUUUUUUUUGAUUCUUAUAAACUUCUUCAAAGUUUAGAAGUUAUAAAGUUCAGUUUGGUUCUUCAAACUAAAACAGUGUGGCAACAAACUCCCUGUGCUGUUGGGAGGCAUUGAAAUAUUGUUAAUCUCAAAGGCAGGAUUCAUAAAAAUGUUUUACUUACUUUUCACAAAAUAAUAAUAAGUAUUUUUAA